AUGGGCACUUUCCUUCAUGCUUGCGAAGGCGAUAUGGUUUGCCUUUCGACCAAUAAAAAAAUACCAUAUUUCAACGCUACGAUAUAUUUAGAGAAUAAGCAAUCGAUCGGUAAAGUAGAUGAAAUUCUUGGUCCCAUGAACGAGGUCUAUUUUACCGUCAAACUUCAAGAAGGCAUUGUAGCGACAUCAUUUAAACCAAAUGACAAAGUUUAUAUUGGUGAAGAUAAACUACUACCACUUGAAAGAUUUUUGCCUAAACCGCCUGCACCCAAAAUUAAAGUGUUUUAUUCAAUCCUUCUUCAAAAGCUGAUAGAGGCCAAAGGAAAGGCUCUAAUGUCCGAAGCAGAGGUCGUGGAAGUUUCAGAGGCCGUGGUGGCAAUAUGGGAUUUCGUGGUGGACGUG